UCUCCAGGCCGCUGCUCGGUGGUGGGGCCCCGGGGUCCCCCGGCCAGGUUCCAUGGAGUUCCCCGGGCACAGCGAGCAGCUGUUGCAGAGCCUCCGGGAGCAGCGCUCCCAGGGCUUCCUGUGCGACUGCACGGUGCUCGUGGGCAGCACGCCGUUCCAGGCGCACCGGGCCGUGCUGGCCUCGUGCAGCCCCUUCUUCCAGCUCUUCUACAAGGAGCGGGACCUGGACAAGUGGGACCUGGUGUGCAUCCACAACGAGAUCGUCACGGCGCCCGCCUUCGGGCUGCUGCUGGACUUCAUGUACGCCGGCCAGCUGGCCCUGCGCGGGGACACGCCCGUGGAGGACGUGCUGGCCGCCGCCAGCUACCUGCACAUGAAUGACAUCGUCAAGGUCUGCAAGCGGCGGCUGCAGGCCCGGGCCCUGGCCGAGGCCGACAGCACCAAGAAGGAGGAGGAGCCCUGGGUGCAGCCGGCCACUCCGGAGCCACUGCCCAGCACCUCCCGCGGCCUCGCGCCCAUGCCCCCGCCCCCCGAGACGCCCAGCUGGAGGGACCAGGACCAAUGGAAAGGGCCCGCCCCGGCCCCUGCCCCGCCCGCCGCCCCCCACGCCGAAGAACCCCCAGGGCCCGACGUCGCAGACACCACCCAGCCCGGCAUAGAGGCUCCCGUGGUGGAAGGCUCCCUUUCCAGCCCUACCAGCUCCACGGAAGCAGUGCCCGCCUCCUACUUUUCCCUCAGUCUCGGGGCUGCCCCGGGGGAGCCCCCAGGGUCCCUGGAGGUGGAUCCGGAGAACACAGGGAUCGGGGGCCCACGAGAACCUAGUGGGCCAGUAGAGGCGUUCUACCCCCCUCCGCCAGCCCCAGCCCCGGGAGAGGCCGAGCCCGUGCAGGUGAAGGUGGAGGCCAUCGUGAUCUCGGACGAGGAGGCCGAGGGGCCAGAGGAGAGGCCGCGGGCAUCCGAGGGAUUUUUCUUGCUGGGAGUAGCCAGUCGGAACCGCUAUGCCCCACCUGAAGCACUUGAAGAGGCUCCGGCUGCGGGGGGCCCUGGGCCCGAGGAGGGAGGGCUGGCCGACCACUUUGUGGCCCCCGAUGCUCACCUUCCCUACCACCUGUUAGCUGGCCCUGGGCACUAUCACCCCGGGCUGGUGACCCCACCUCCACCCGCACCCAGCGGCCUGCACGAGUCUCUCUACUUGCCUCCGGAGUACGAAGUGGCCUCAGGGGGCUUCGGGGUUUUCAUGGAGGAUGUCCCCACGUGCAAGAUGUGUGGGAAGACCUUCUCCUGUUCCUACACCCUGAGGCGCCACGCGACCGUGCACACCAGGGAGCGGCCCUAUGAGUGCCGCUACUGCCUGCGGAGCUACACGCAGUCGGGAGACCUGUACCGCCACAUCCGCAAGGCCCACAACGAGGACUUGGCCAAACGCAGCAAGCCCGACCCCGAAGCUGCCCCCUCCUAGGUGUGCGCCCCUGGCUCUCUGACUGCAGCCUGGGGAGUGGGAGGGGGCACCCCAAGAGCCCGGGACUCAGCCCCUGGGACUGUCUGGGGAGCGGAGUCCCCUUUGAGAGAAGGGAAGGCAGGGAGGUCAUCCCCGUGCUGCGGGGGGAAGGUGGGUGUGGGGGUUGGGCUGCUGUGGUGUCCAUGCUCAGCCACAGGUGAAAGGGCAGCAUUAAUCUCAUCCUGCCCUGUGGGUGGGAGAGCCUAGAAGCUAGCUUGGGCUGGGCCUUGCUCUCCCAUUUCUCCGAACCGGCUCCCUAUUCCCUCCCUGGGUUUUGGAGGCACAGAGGCCCAUUUCAUUAGCAAUCAGAGAGCACCGUGGCCUUCAGAAAGUUCCCUAGAAGCUGUUACUUGCCACUCCACGUAUUGUCUUAUUGCCUGGGCCAUAAAUGUGAAAGUGAAACCCUUUCUA